AUGUAGAAGGUGCCACAGAACUUUGUGGAACAGAGAGAGGAACGACAGACGACCGCAGUGAGAAGACUGGGGAACUGAAUUACUCCUGGAGGAACGAAGAAAGAAAGAAAAGGGAAACUUUUCUGUAAACAUCGCUUUCACUUGUUGUUUCAGCCCCUUUAACUCUCAGAAGCACGAUCAUGAGCAACAGCAUCGGAUCGAUCACUGGCGCAGCAAUCCUCGGCCUCGUGUUCCUCCUCGGCGUCCCCGGGAAUGUCUUCAUCAUUUGGAGCAUCUUGGCCAGAGCGCGCAGUCGCUCCAUCACCACCCUCCUGAUCCUAAACCUUGCCUUCGCCGAUGGCUUCCUCAUGCUGCUGACACCCUUCUUCAUGGUGUAUUUGGCUCAGGGUAGCUGGAUUUUCGGCCGGGAUAUGUGCAAAAUCCUAUUCUACCUCUGCGCCGCCAACAUGUACGCUUCCAUAUUUAUGAUCAUGCUGAUGAGUCUCCACAGGCUGGUGGCGAUAGUGUGGCCAAAGCGUGUCGGCAUGCUGACGAAUCACAGGAUGGUCACACGGGUGCUGGCGGGUCUUUGGGUUCUUGCUCUAGGACUCUCUGCGCCUGCUUUGGUUUUCAGGACCACCGAGGUCAGCAAUAAGACUCUCCAGGUCAGCAAUGAGACUCCGAGUAUCCAGUGCUACUGCAAACACCAACAAUAUCUAUAUGUGGUGAUGCAUUAUGGUAUGGAAACAUUACUGGCCUUCUUGUUGCCAUACAGCAUGAUCAUAGGCAGUUACGUGUGCAUCCUGUGCAGAAUCCGCAAGACACGCUUUCGCAGAUGCAUUCGCAGCGAGAAACUCAUUCUGGUGAUCAUCAUCACCUUCGGACUCUUCUGGCUGCCGUACCACAUCAUAAACGUGGCACAGGUGGCUCAAGCUUUACAUGCAAAAAAUUUUACAGUUGAAAAUGUCUCAGAUCCGCGAGUGGUUACUUCUACCGUGGCCUUUGUCAGCAGCUGCAUAAACCCCGUCCUCUACACCUUCGCCGGUAAGUCGUUCAUCCGGCGCGAUGGCCUGGCCUUCAUGGCGCGGCUGUUCGAGGGAACGGUGCUGAAAACAACGCGGAGGGUCCAGUACAGCAACCAGAACAGCCGUGACCGAGAGAAGGAGACUGACGAGGGAGAGAGUCUCAAAGAUAAAGACACUGACUCCUCCACUACUGCUAACUCCAGCUCGGUUAUUAAAGUUGUGCCGCAGAAAAAUGGUAAGUGAGCAUCUGGCUGUGGCUUGUGAUGGGACACUCAAUCUGCAGUGGGAUGUGGAUUUUUAAAGGUACUGCACGGUGGGUGAAUCCGGAUCACUUGUGCUUUUCUUUUAACAGAUGGAGGUUAUUCCAAGUUUGUAUUAUAAAAUAAAGACUGUGUACCAACCCUCCCCAAAAAAAGAAAAAAAAAAAAAAAGAAAGAGGAGACCAAUGCCUAAGCCAAACCAUCACCAGACUGAGGACUGAGAUAAUCUAUGUU